GGACGGCUUCAGCCUCGCUGCCGACGACAAGGCGUGCCAGCCCCUGGUGCCAGCCCCCGGGCUGGAAACCUUCAGCCAAGCAGAUCCUCCCAGUGAAAUGAAGGAAGAAAUGAAAGACCUGAAGAGCAGAGUGGAAGCGCUGGAGCAGAAACUCCAGUUGGUGCUAGCCCCCUUCCACAACCUCAUGCCAUCUGCGCCGGAGGAUGUCGGCGCAGACCCCAUCAGCCGGCUGUCCCACUCCCUCCAGCAACUGGACAGAAUCGACUCCCUGAGCGAGCAGAUCUCCUUCCUUGAGGAGCGGUUGGAGACAUGUUCCUGCAAGAAUGAACUCUAGCCAAGCAACUGAGGAAUUGGAGCAAGCCAAGGGCAUCCACAGCUCUUAUCUCCCUCUCCAGCCCCAGGCUGGGGAUGAAGCCACAUCAUCUACAGGAACGCAGAGGGCAGCAGGAGAAGGCUCAUUCCCCACCAGCAUCUCCAUCAUUUAGUCUUCUAACUCACCUUAUCAAAGGUCACACAGUUACUUCCAAACUGGACGCUGAGCCCUCAGCAUCUCGCCCCCCUCCUGCUGGAGGGGCAGAAAAUAAAUGCCUUACCUCAUGCCACUAGUGCCUGUCUGGCUGUGCCAGAGACUGGCUGUACGUGAAGCCGUGUGGUGCUUGGCUUUUU